AUGGCCACCACUUGCAAUUCAUGGUUAGAAUAUAGAAAUGAUGCAAAAGCAAUAAACUUUCCAAAAAAAAAAGUAAUGGACUUAUUAGGCUUUAAGCAAAAUUUAGCUUCAACAUUAAUUUCUAUAGGGAGUUCUGUAGUAACACCUUCCAGAAAACAAGGGCACCUGUCGUCAUCUAACAAAAUUAUAGUUCAAUCUAAACCGCGCACAAAAAAUCGUUUAAUUGAUAGAUACCCUACUGAUGUGAUAAGAAAAGAUAACAUUUUCCAUUGUAUACAUAGAUAA